AUGCAUGGGUUUGUAUGCAAGUGCUAUACUUGUCAGGUUGCGAAGGGUCAAUCUCAAAAUACUGGAUUGUAUACAUUUCUGCCAGUACCUGAGGGUAUUUGGAAAGAUUUAUCCAUGGAUUUUGUCCUUGGAUUGCCACGUACACAAAGAGUGGUGGACUCAGUGGUGCGUUUACAUGGGAUGCCCAAGUCUAUUACUUCUGAUCAUGAUACCAAGUUCUUGAGCCAUUUUUGGUUGACUUUGUGGAAGAUGUUUGACACUUCCUUGAAUUUUAGUAGUACCGCUCAUCCUCAAAGGGAUGGCCAAACGAAAGUUGUCAAUCAUACCUUAGGGAAUUUGGUGCGAUGUAUUUGUGGUGAACAUCCAAAAGAUUGGGAUCAUGCACUACCUCAAGUAGAGUUUGCCUUCAACAGUGCAGUUCAUAGUUCUACUGGUAAAUCACCUUUCUCUAUUAUGUAUGUCCAAUCUGCUAGACAUGCGUUGGACUUGGUGAAAUUACCAGAUAUUUUGGGUUAUAGUACAAUAGUGGAAAAAAUGGCAAAAGACAUGAAGGUUAUUCAAGAAGAGGUGAAGGCGAAAUUGGAAGAAACUAAUGCAAAGUUUAAGGCCGCAGUGGACAAGCAUCGCCGUGCACUGAAAUUUGAGGUUGGUGAUGAGAUGAUGGUUUUCUUGCAUAAAGAGAGGUUUUCGAUUGACAAGUAUCAUAAAUUGAAACGAAAGAAGUAUGGGCCUUAUAAGCUUUUGCAAAAGAUAAAUCUAAAUGCCUAUGUAGUGGAUUUGCCUAAUUUUGGGCUGGUGAAUCUAAGCCUUUACCAAAAUCACCUAUCUGGUCCCAUUCCUCCAGUGAUAGGGAAUUUGAGCUCACUUCAGUUUUUUUACUUGUAUCAAAAUAAUCUCACUGGUGCAAUCCCAAAGUCACUAGGUAAUUUGACUAAUUUGAUUGAACUGGAUCUCUCUGAGAAUCAACAUUCAGGUUCAAUUCCUAUUUCAAUUGGAAACUUGAGUGACUUGGAACAUUUGGCUCUCCAUGAGAAUCAAUUUUCUGGUACCAUUCCGCCCACUUUUGGUAACCUUAAUAGGCUAGUGGAUCUAAAGCUUUUCCGUAAUCACCUAUCUGGUCCAAUUCCUAGUGCUAUUGGGAAUCUGAUCUCACUUCAGCUUCUUUCCUUGGGCUACAAUAAUCUUAUCAGUGCGAUCCCAAAAUCACUAGGAAAUUUGACCAAUUUAAUUGAAUUGUAUCUCCAAAACAAUCAAUUUUUUGGUUCAAUUCCGGUCACUUUUGGUAAUCUCAAUAGGCUGGUGAAUCUAAGCCUUUACCAAAAUCACCUAUCUGGUCCCAUUCCUCCAGUGAUAGGGAAUUUGAGCUCACUUCAAUUUUUUUACUUGUAUCAAAAUAAUCUCACUAGUGCAAUCCCAAAGUCACUAGGCAAUUCAACCAAUUUGAUUCAACUUGAUCUCUCUCUCAAUCAACUUAAUGGUUCAAUUCCUGCUUCAAUUGGUAACUUGAGUACCUUGAAAGUACUGUACCUCUAUAACAAUCAAUUUUCUGGUUCGAUUCCUACUACUUUUGGCAACCUCAAUAGGCUGGUGAAACUAGAUCUCUCUUUCAAUCAACUUUCAGGUUCAAUUCCUAUUUCAAUUGGAAACUUGAGUGACUUGGAACAUUUGGCUCUCCAUGAGAAUCAAUUUUCUGGUACCAUUCCGCCCACUUUUGGUAACCUUAAUAGGCUAGUGGAUCUAAAGCUUUUCCGUAAUCACCUCUCUGGUCCAAUUCCUAGUGCUAUUGGGAAUCUGAUCUCACUUCAGCUUCUUUCCUUGGGCUACAAUAAUCUUAUCAGUGCGAUCCCAAAAUCACUAGGAAAUUUGACCAAUUUAAUUGAAUUGUAUCUCCAAAACAAUCAAUUUUCUCGUUCAAUUCCGGUCACUUUUGGUAAUCUCAAUAGGCCGGUGAAUCUAAGCCUUUACCAAAAUCACCUAUCUGGUCCCAUUCCUUCAGUGAUAGGGAAAUUGAGCUCACUUCAGUUUCUUUACCUGUAUCAAAAUAAUCUCACUAGUGCAAUCCCAAAGUCACUAGGCAAUUCAACCAAUUUGAUUCAACUUGAUCUCUCUCUCAAUCAACUUAAUGGUUCAAUUCCUGCUUCAAUUGGUUCAAUUCCUGUUUCAAUUGGAAACUUGAGUAAUUUGGAACUUUUGUCUUUGGGACAAAAUCAUUUUUCUGGUACCAUUCCACAAGAGCUUGGAAACCUGAAUAAGUUGGUUGCUUUGAGAUUGUUUAGAAAUCAGUUCUCUGGUCCAUUGCCAGAACUAUUGUGUCAAAGUGGAAUUCUCCAAAACAUUACCGUAGACGAGAACAUGCUUACCGGUCCAAUCCCUAAAAGCUUGCAAAACUGCUCAAGCUUAUUUAGGGCCCGUUUCAACGGUAACCGUUUCCAAGGAAACAUAUCAGAAAUGUUUGAAGUCUAUCCAGUCCUGGAUUUCAUAGAUCUCAGCAUUAACAAAUUCUAUGGGAAACUCUCCAACAACUGGGGUAAAUGCAAAAUGCUGAAAACCCUUAUAGUUGCAAAGAACAACAUCACGGGUAGUGUACCGCCAGAAAUUGGAAAUUCGACUCAACUACACACACUUGAUCUUUCUUCAAAUUAUUUAUCAGGGGAGAUACCGAGAGAAGUUGGGAAGUUAACUUCUUUGCUUAAACUAGAUUUACAUGACAACCAGCUUACUGGUGGUAUACCUCAAGAAUUGGGAGUGUUAAUGGAAUUUCUAGACGUGUCCACAAACUCCUUGAAUGGAACUUUACCAGAACUUCUGGGAGAUUUGAAACACUUGUUUCACAUGAACUUGAGCAAUAACGUUUUAAGUCAAAAGAUUCCACUGCAGAUUGGGAAGUUAACCCAACUUUCUGAACUAGAUUUGAGUCAAAAUCUCUUCACAGGAGAGAUACCAUCUGAGUUUCAAAAUUUACAGAGUUUGGGGACAUUGGAUCUCUCCCAGAAUAACCUCUCUGGUUUGAUCCCAAAGGCUUUGGCAGAAUUACCCGGUUUAUUGCACAUCAAUCUUUCUUUUAAUAAUUUGGAGGGCCCAAUUCCGAGUGGUAGAGCUUUUGUGAAUCUAACCUUAGAAGAAGUAAAGGGAAAUAAAGGUUUGUGUGGCAAUAUUACAGGGUUACGAGCCUGUGAAAGUUCCCCGUUGAUUAAAAAGCAUGUCAAGGAUAAAAGGAAGGAAUUUGUUCUCAUAAUUGUAUUACCUCUUCUGGGAUCAUUCACACUUCUUGGUGCAUUGUUCGGUACUCUCAAAUUGUAUGAUAAGAGAAAAAGAAAUUCGAGAGCGGAAGAUAUGGAGGUGAAGAAGGGCGGUUUAUUUGCCAUAUGUGCUUAUGAUGGCAAAGCAUUGUAUAAAGAAAUCAUGAGGUCUACAGAAGAGUUCUGUGAAACAUUUUGCAUUGGGAAAGGAGGUUGUAGAAGUGUUUACAAAGCACAGCUUCCAUCAGGCGAGGUAGUAGCUGUAAAAAGACUUCACAGCAUACCUAAUGUGGCUAAGGAUAAAAGUUUCUUGAAUGAGAUCAGGGCCUUGACAGAAAUCAAGCAUCGGAACAUUGUGAAACUCUUUGGCUUCUGCUCAAAUGCUCAGCAUUCAAUUUUGGUUUAUGAGUACCUCGAAAGAGGAAGCUUGGCCAAAAUCUUGAGCAUAGAAGAAGAAGCUAAGGAACUAGACUGGCAAAAGAGGUUGAAUAUCAUCAAAGGCGUCGCUUAUGCUUUAUCUUACAUGCAUCAUGAUUGUUCACCACCAUGCAUAAAGUUGGAAUAUUUUGAUCAAUCUCCUGCCAAAACUAAAAAGAAAUCAUAUUAG